AUGUACUCAGGCCACAACAGCUGUGACCCAGGGGAAGAGGGGCCUGGCAAAGAGUACCAAGAGCACUUUCUCCCCCAGGAUUACUUGGCCACCUACGUUGACUUCGAUGGUGGCCCUUCUCCCAAGAUCAGGGUCCACAAGACCUUUGAUCCAGGAGGCCAAGGGGACGCGCUGAUUGAUACCGGCUCAGGUCCUACCAUCUACCAAGCCCUUGCCGCCUGCGAGUCCUUCAGAGACGUCACUCUCUCCAACUUCACUGACCACUACCGUGAGGAGCUGCGGAAGUGGCUGAGGGAGGAACCUGGGACCCAUGACUACCCGGCAGUGCGAUUUGCCUGUGAGCUGGAAGGGAACAGCAGCCGGUGGCAGGAGAAGGAGGAGAAGGUGAGGGCCAUGGUGAAGCGAGUGUUCAAGUGCUAUGUCCAUCUGUGUAACCCGCUGGCCCUGGCUGUGUUGCCUCCCACCAACUGGCUCAUCCUGCUGGCCAUGGAGUGCCCCUGCUGUAGCCUCAGCGUCUACUGCGCUGCGUUGUGCAACCUCACCUUGCUGCUCAAGCCAAGUGGCCACCUGGUGACCAUGGUCACGUUUGGAUCUCUUUCAUCCUAUAUGGUGGGGAAGUGUGAGUGCUCCUGCAUGGUCCUAGAGAAGGAGGAGUUGGAGCGGAGUGACGCUGGCCUUGACAUCGGGCAACUCCUGCACAGUUCCCAGAGCUACUCAGCCCCCAGCACUGCCAGCAGUGGGGUCUGCUUCAUUGUGGCCUGGGAGAGGUUUGGGCCCUAA